AAUGUCAUCGACAUUGGCACAUAUUAAAAAGCCACUGUUUAGACUUCAGCGUUAUUCAGAGGACGUGUUGAUCAGAAGAUGUUUGAUUGCUGUCUAAAGAUGAGGUUUACUUUAUUAAGCAUCCUGCCUACUUUACUGGGUAUUCUAAUCCUACACCAGGCAAAAAGUCAAAGGCCCAAGUUCACUCAGAGCAGCUGGAAUCUUCUACCCAAUGUUGUUGUGGUGAAUGUAGACGGCUCGCUGGUUCAGCAUCCUCUAACCUGCAAUGGUUCCUUCAACCGAGAGGAGGAUGGUUGGAGGAGAGACAAUGACUGGGUGUGGCGGAGAGAUGGAGAGGAGGAUGAGGACAUCCUAUGGAUGAUGGGUGAACAGGAGAAGAGGGGGAAUAGCUUACUUGUCAACCUGGAAGAGAGAACUGGAGGGGGGAUAUUUACAUGUCACAGCCUAGAUAAAACCCUCCUGAAGACUACUACGGUGCUGGUCAAACACUUGGACGAACAGAAACGCAUUCUAGAAGGAUCCACCAGAACAGGCUAUAUGAAAUGUUCAACACGGAACUACCAAGGAGAGUUCCACUGCUCCUGGAAAUUCACCCCUACACGUUUUGGGACUGUUAUGUUUGUCAAAGUGGCACGUGGCCUGUCUGAUGCGAAGAACAUCAGCUGUUCUGUGGACGCCAGUGGACAGCAGUGGACAUGUUCCUCUUCAUCUGGCCAGAGUGACAUCAUGUGUUCUGUGAACAGUAGUGGACUGGGGGUGUCCUGUGUGGACAGACAGUAUUGUCCCUAUGCUGAGGAGACUGACCGGAUCACCCUGACCAUCUACAUGAGGACUAACUACCUGCUGGAGGAAUACUCCCAACACUUCUACUUAUCAGAGAUAGUGAAGCCAGACAAUGUAUACAUUAAGAAGGUGAACAGCAGUACUAUAGAGUGGAGCUAUCCUGUCUCCUGGAACAGACCCAUCUCCUACUUCCCCCUCUCCUUCCAGGUCAAAGAGAUCAAAGGCAGAAUGUGCAAGAACGGGUGCAUGUGUGAUUCUCCCUACAUGGAGGUCCACACCACAAAGAGCAGUCAGUGGUCAGUCAAGGCCAAGGUGACGGUGUGUGUCAGGGCCCAGGAUGCCCUCUGUGACUCCCCCUGGAGCGACUGGACAGAGUACAGACUCAGCAACAAGGGAAACAAGAGGAGGAGGCAGGAAAAGCAGAAGAAGAAGCAGAAGAAGAGGAAGAAGAAUGUGUCUCAAUAGUGUAUCUUUACCAUACUGAUGGCCAUCAAAUAUUAACCUAUUUAUUCACUCUAGUUUGUAGGCAUUCACACUCUAAAACAUCCACUAUGACAAAGGUGUCUUAAUUUACACUUUAAAACAUCCACUAUGACAAAGGUGACUUAAUUGACACUCUAAAACAUCCACUAUGACAAAGGUGACUUAAUUGACACUCUAAAACAUCCACUAUGACAAAGGUGACUUAAUAGACACACUAAAACAUCCAUUAUGACAAAGGUAACUUUGUUGCCAAGAUCAUUUACUGACACAAACUUCACUUGUCCAAUCUUUAUACUUGUUAUGAAAUGUAUUUAGAAAUAUUUAUGAUUAUUUAUUUAUUAAUGUUGCUUUUUAUCUCAUAGAGUUUGACAUGACAUGCACUAACAUAAACUGAACUGAUAUUUUUGUGACUUUAAUACUAUAAAUCAAAAUAAACGUACAG